UAACGUGCGACUGUUCAACAGCACAGCGCUGUAAGCCGUCGCCACUGUUUAGUACCCAUGUCCGUCACGGCUGCCGACACGACUAUAAGUCUCGAAGGAGAGCUGCAAUCUGCUGUGGAUCCGCCUGAGAGCUCCACACCGCAACGUCAACAAUCAAAGGCGCUGUCCAUCUCGUCGUUAUCAGACGAAUCCAAAGACAACGCUAUUGCUUCUGAAGCUUGUCGCGAUGUGGAUCGUGAACUUGCAGCGAUUAACACGCGAUUAAGUGCGUUCCAAAGGAGAAGACAGCGCAAGGACAACGUAUCCAAGUUAAAUACUGUUGCACCGCUUGAACCCAGUCAAGAAAAGGCUCAUGAUGCUCGUGCGUCACCCUCUUCGUCCGUAUCUUCAAGCUUAGAAACUUCAUCGCCCAUUUUCUCUAAAUUAUCAAAGGCGCAACAAGAGGCCGAAGCAGUUGCAGAACAAGUGGCAACGACGCUAAUGAAAUGUGACCAACUGUUGCAACGUGUUAAAUCUUGCGAUACAUCUCGAGUUUCAUCCGCCAGCAGCAUAGAAGACCGAAGUCGAGUUGGUAGUAAAGCGAUACGUUCUCGACUAUCUGAGUCCAUGGCAAGCAGUGCUUCGUCAGUCUGGGACGUCAAAACUAAUAUUGAAGACGAAGAAUUGUUAUUAAGUCGGAAGGCUGCAGCUGUGAAGCGUCUUGCAGUACGCUGUCAGCGCGACAUUGAGACGAGCACGGCGAAGAUCGAGCUACAUCACCAGCAAACACAAGAAUCGUACUUAAAGGAGUUGCAACGCAAAUACGACUCCAAGAAACACAUGACGCUGAUGAAACUUCGAGAAAAAUACGAGAAAGAAACAAAAACACUCGUGAGAGCCAAGAUGGACGAGUAUGAGCUUGAAGAAGCGACUGCACUACAAACCAGCCAUAACACUGCACUGGAGGAGAGUUUAUCGCACUUAGAAAUGCAGCUACUAACCGAGACAGAGCGCGACAAACAAGAGCUUCGUGUACAGCUACAAGAGGAGUUAACUCUUAGAUUAAAGCAGCUGCAAGACGACAGUCAAACGUUGUUAAAACAGUGGGAAGAAGAGCAGCGACAGAAGUUGGAGCAAGAACUGUACGACCACCGAGAAGCAGCUGUAGCUUCCGUUCUAAAAGCGCAAGAAGAACGAACUGCAGUACUGAAACAAGAGCUCCAGACCGGUCACAACGAGAAACAAGCCGUGGAGGUCGAGAAGUUGCACAAGGCGCUCGCGUUUGGCACUCAAGCGCAACUGCAACAACUUCGCUCCUUGUUAGAAACGGAACAUGAGGAGAAGAUGAACGAGAUCAAGACAGACGCCCAACUGUCGCUUGAUAAGGAGACUGAAAAACUUAAGAAAAUGUCGACGCGAUCUCAUCGUGAGCAACAGGACCAACUGCAACGCGAUUUGGAGAAAAAGAACCGUGUAGCCAUUAUGGAACUUCAUGACACUAUGCAAGCUUCUCAUCAAGAGAGCUGUCAGGCGCUUAAAGAUGCUGCAGAACAACGUCGAAUGAAGGCGCUAGAAGCGCAUCGUCACGAUUUUGAGCUGGAAUGUCGGCAAGAACUGGAAACCCUAAAACAAACCCUAGAUCAGGACAUGGCUACAAAGCUACGUCAAUUAGAAAUGGGUCAUGCUGAAGAGUGCGAGCUUAAACUAGAGCAACUAAGAGCACGCGCAGUCACCCAACACGCUAGAGAACUGGACGCCAAGCGAUCGCGGAUGAUCCAGUGCAAGAACGUGCUUCUAGCUGAAGCUACAGCGUUUCUAACCUUCGACAAUAACUUGUCCGACGAGGACCGAAGUAAAGCGAACCCUGAAGAUAAUUCCGCAGCUGUUCACUUGCUCGAACUCAAGAAACAUUUGUCCAAGGAACUGGCUCAGUAUGUGGAUGUGAUGAUCGCGGAGUUCGACGAACUCGCCGAAGAGCAGCAGAUUUUAGUAGCCAAGAUCACGGAAUCGACACAGCUUUACUUGUCGUAUAAAAGACAAUGUGGGGUGCUUGAAGCGCAGUCGGAAGAGCUGACAAGUGGCUUAGAAACACUCCACGACCAGCUACAGAAGAAAGAUGGCGUUUGUAGGAAACUGUACCAAGCCAACGAAGCACUUCUGAAACGACUGCAAUUACCUGCACUAGAGGCAAGUGCGGGUACAGACAAGAGCGACAUUGAGUCACCUCGAGUGAACAAGUCUCCAACGUCGACGAAAACGCGUCAAAGUGCAUCGAAUCGGCACAAAAUUGACUCAUUUUUGACCCGAAAAACGUAA